AUGAGGCCGUGGAGGCCGGGGCCGAGAUUGUGGACUUCGGCGGAUUCGGGAGAGAGUGUGGCGCCUAGUGUGGCGACUGCGUCGGUGACCCAGUCGGUAUCCGUGGCGAGUGAGGCCAGUGUGGAUGCGAGUGUUGGUUUGGGAGCGGGGGCUGCUCCGGGUUGGGGUGGUGCUCCGGCUCAGGGUCUUGAUGACUUAGUGGUGGGUUUGCUGACGCAGUUAUUGGCUCGUUUUCCGCCAGUGGUUCCACAGGGGCUCCGGGAGUACCUCCAGUGGCAGAGGUGCAGCAGAGGGCUGCGGGAUUUGUUCAGCCGCAGGCUAAUUGUGAGGUUCUCAACGCAUGUGUUCGUAAUGACCUUGUUAGUGGGCGGUUUUGAGUCCCACGUUUUAUUCGACUCUGGAGCAUCGAAUUGCUUCAUUACACCGGAGCGUGCCGAGAAGAGUGGCAUCCGGAGUAGCGCGGGCGAGAGCGCGGGCAUGGUCAAGGUGGCGGGAGGUGGAUUCUUGUCUACUUUGGGCCGUGCUAGAGGAGUCGAGAUCGAGAUUGCGGGGCAGUCAAUGCCAGCAGACUUAGUCAUCAGUCCGGUGGAGCUGUAUGACGUUAUUCUCGGGAUGGACUGGUUGUCACACUACAGAGUUCAUCUGGAUUGCUACAGAGGUAGAGUGGUCUUCGAGCGAGAUGCAGGGAGGUUGGUUUAUCAGGGAGUGAGACCGACUUCCGGGAGUAUUGUGAUAUCUGCUAUUCAGGCCGAGCAGUUGUUAGAGCGGGGCUGUGAGGCGUAUCUGGCGACGAUUUCUAUGUCUGAGUCAGGAGCUGGAGUUGUUAUGGGAGAUAUUGAGGUUGUCCAGGAUUUUGAGGAUGUCUUUCAGUCACUGAAGGGAUUACCACCAUCUCGGUCUGAUCCUUUCACGAUUGAGUUAGAGCCGGGGACAGCACCGAUAUCGAAGACGCCUUACAGGAUGGCGCCAGCUGAGUUGGCAGAGCUGAAGAAGCAGAUAGAGGACCUUUUGUCUAAGGGGUUCAUUCGACCGAGUGUUUCACCGUGGGGAGCACCGGUGUUGUUUGUGAAGAAGAAGGAUGGCAGUUUCAGACUUUGUAUCGAUUACAGAGGUCUUAACCGAGUCACUGUGAAGAACAGGUACCCACUCCCGAGGAUUGAUGAGUUGUUGGAUCAGUUGAGGGGUGCUACUUGGUUCUCCAAGAUUGACUUGGCAUCGGGGUAUCAUCAGAUCCCGAUAGAUGAGGCAGAUGUCAGGAAGACUGCUUUCAGGACGCGUUAUGGGCAUUUUGAGUUUGUGGUUAUGCCUUUCGGUUUGACUAACGCGCCGGCAGCCUUCAUGAGAUUGAUGAACGACGUGUUCAGGGAGUAUUUGGACGUGUUUGUCAUCAUUUUCAUUGACGAUAUUCUGGUAUACUCGAGGAGUCAGGAGGAGCAUGCGACUCACUUGAGGUUGGUUCUGGAGAAGCUUCGGGAGCAGAAGCUUUUUGCUAAGUUGAGCAAGUGCAGUUUCUGGCAGCGAGAGAUGGGAUUUCUUGGCCACAUUGUUUCUGCAGAGGGAGUUUCUGUGGAUCCGGCUAAGAUUGAGGCUAUCAGAGAUUGGCCUAGACCUAGUAGUGCCACCGAGAUCAGGAGUUUUCUGGCUGAGUGUGAGGAGAGCUUUAGUCAGCUCAAGGAGAUGUUGACUACUACACCAGUGUUGGCGUUACCCGAGCCAGGGAAGCCUUACAUGGUGUAUACAGAUGCUUCAGGCAUUGGUCUUGGUUGUGUGCUGAUGCAGGAGGGCAGAGUGAUAGCAUAUGCUUCGAGACAGUGGCAGGGCAGUGAGCGUAACCGUCCUACACAUGACUUAGAGUUGGGAGCAGUGAUCUUCGCGUUGAAGAUUUGGAGGUCUUACUUGCUAGGUGAGACAGUACAGGUCUUCACGGAUCACAAGAGUUUGCAGCAUAUCUUCACUCAGCCGAUGAUGAACGCGAGACAGACGCGCUGGGUUGAGUUCUUGGCGGAUUAUCAGGUGAGCAUUAACUACCAUCCGGGCAAGGCUAACCUAGUGGCGGACGCGUUGAGUAGACGGAGGUAUGAUUCCGCAGUUGAGCGAGAUGUGGAGUCUCUAGUUGGCGAGAUCAGUACCUUGCGUUUGUGUGCCAUUUCGCAGGAGCCUUUGGGUUUAGAGGCAGUGGAUCAGGCGGAUCUACUUAGCAGGAUCAGAGUUGCUCAGCAGAGUGAUCAGAGUUUGCUAGAUGCGACGAGAGUGACUGGUUCUGAGUAUGAGGUCUCUGCGAAUGGGACUAUCUUGGUUCGUGGGCGAGUUUGUGUGCCUAAGGAUGUGGAGUUGAGACAUCAGAUUUUGGGAGAGGCUCACGCGAGCAAGUUUUCCAUUCAUCCGGGAGCGACCAAGAUGUACCAUGACCUCAAGAGGUACUAUCAUUGGGUCGGGAUGAAGAGGGAUGUAGCAGACUGGGUUGCGAAGUGCAACACUUGUGCCUUGGUGAAGGCAGAGCAUCAGGUUCCGGGUGGUCUUUUGCAGAGUUUACCCAUUCCAGAGUGGAAGUGGGACAGGAUUACGAUGGAUUUCGUGGUUGGACUACCUGUUUCGAGGACUUUCGAUGCUAUCUGGGUGAUUGUGGAUCGGUUGACUAAGUCCGCACAUUUCUUGGCCAUCAAGAAGACAGAUGGAGCUGCUGUCUUGGCUAGGAAGUUUGUGCGAGAGAUUGUGAGGCUGCAUGGAGUGCCAGCUAGUAUUGUGUCAGACCGUGAUCCCAGAUUCACUUCAGAGUUUUGGAGGGCGUUUCAGGCAGAGAUGGGCACUAAGGUGCAUCUGAGUACAGCUUAUCAUCCGCAGACAGAUGGUCAGUCAGAGAGGACUAUUCAGACUUUGGAGGAUUUGCUGAGGAUGUGUGUGUUGGAUUGGGGUGGCCAUUGGGCAGAUCACCUGAGCUUAGUUGAGUUUGCAUACAACAACAGCUUUCAGGCGAGUAUUGGCAUGGCUCCAUUUGAGGCUUUGUAUGGGAGGCCAUGUAGGACACCCCUAUGCUGGACCCAAGUGGGGGAGCGCAGCAUGUAUGGAGCUACUUAUGUUCAGGAGACGACAGAGAAGGUUCGUGUUGUGAGGCUGAACAUGAAGGAGGCUCAGGAUAGGCAGAAGAGUUAUGCAGAUAGACGCAGACGAGAGCUUGAGUUUCAGGUGGAGAUAGAGUUUAUCUCAAGAUGGCUAUGUUGA